AUGAUUCACGGACCAUGCGGAUACGCAAACACUUCAUCUCCGUGUAUGAAAAACAAUCAAUGCUCAAAAUUCUUCCCAAAGAAAUUUCAGGCUCGCACUGUUGUUGACCACGAAGGAUAUCCUUUGUACAUGAGAAGAGAUACUGGAAUUACAGUUACGAAAAAGGACGUUGACCUUGAUAAGAGAUUUGUAGUUCCUUAUAAUCCAUAUUCGUUGAAGAAAUUCCAGGCUCACAUCAACAUUGAGUGGUGUAAUCAGGGAACAUCCGUUAAGUAUUUAUUCAAAUAUAUUAACAAAGGAUAUGACCAAAUUACCGCAACUGUAGUUGAUACUACCAAUGAUGGAUCAUCUUUAAAUGGAAAUCUUGAUGAAAUAAAACAAUAUCUUGACUGUAGAUAUGUCUCUCCAAGUGAAGCAUGUUGGAGGAUAUUCUCAUUUCCCAUUCAUGGAAGGUCGCCCGCUGUCGAGAGGUUGUAUUUUCAUCUCGAGGGAGACAAUUGUGUUUACUAUACUGAUUAUGAGUUGAUCGAUGAGGUACUUGAAAAACCAAGUGUGAAAGAGUCUAUGUUUACCGCUUGGAUGGAAGCCAACAAGACAUAUCCAGAGGCAAAAGAUUUGACUUACUCCAAGUUUCUCACAAGAUUUGUGUACGACAAAAGAUACAGACGGUGGAGACCACGCAAAAGAGGUAAUACAGUUGGAAGACUUAUAUGGGUUCCGCCAAGUACAAGUGACUCAUAUGUCACAAGAGACAUUGGCAACCGUCUGAUAUAUGACGAACGUGAUUACAACGUUAAUGACGAAAGAAAAAAUUUCACUGCUCUAUUCAAAGCACUCACAAGCUAUCUUAUAAAAAACUCGAUAUAUAUUUGCAACUCUGUUACGUUAUUUCCCUGGACAUAA